ACCUGUUUAUUUAUGCCUUGACUACCAUGAGCACAUAUUCUUUCUCGAUAGAAUCUGCAAAUCUGUUUCCAAUAUAAGAAAAAAUAUGAGAAAUAUGUAAAAUAUAGUACAUACUGUGUGUUGGUAAGUAAAAUCAAGCACACUAACUGAACAUCCCUGUUGUCAUGAAAAUAUUCUCAUUGCUCCCCUCUGAAAGAUUCUCCACGAGCAAAGAAAAUGAUUCACAAACUUAAAAUUAACAACCUGACAAACUCCCCUAUGUUGACAUUAAUGUUUACUUGGCAGUGACACGUGUAUUCUUUGGUUUCGCCUAUGCAUCAAUAUGUCUCCUUAGUUGUCUAGGAAUUUAAAUGAGCCAUGGUUAUCAAAAAAGAAUAUUGAUAUAUUACCCUCUGUUUCCAUUUUGGGUGAUAUUGUACUCUUCCCAAAACAGAACGUUCUGCAAAUGCUGGCGUUUCUUUCCAAUGCUUUCCACAUAUUCUUUGGCCUCUACAGGCUGUAGGCUAUUAAAAUUCUCAGGUACUAGCAUCAUAUCCAUCCUUAAAGUUUGCAAGACCCUUGAGCAACUAUACCAAGUCCAUGCGCAAAUCAUCAGCAAAGGGUUAGAGCAAGAUCAUGAUGUCAUUGCUAAGUUCAUUUCCCUCUCCAAUUCCCUUGCUCCUCUUAAUUAUUCAAAAAGUGUUUUUGAUCGUGUUAUCAGACCUAACACCUUGCUUUGGAACUCUCUUAUUAGAGGGUACUGCCAGCAGAACUUCUUUGUGAAUGUUCUUAAUGUUUUUCUACGCAUGAAGAGAGAGGCUUGUCUUUCUGAUAACUACACAUUCCCACCUGUGAUUAAAGCUUGUUCAAAUUUAUGCAUUGUGUGGGAAGGAAAAUCAAUUCAUGGAUCAAUUGUGAGGUGUGGGUUCGAACAGUGUGUAUUUGUAGGAACUAGUUUGAUUGACAUGUACGGCAAAUGUGGAGAGACCAGUGAUGCUCGUAGGGUAUUUGAUGAGAUGACUGAGAGAAAUGUGGUUUCUUGGACAGCUAUGGUGGUUGGGUAUGUUGCUGUUGGAGAUGUUAUGGAAGCAAAGAGGUUGUUUGAUAUAAUGCCGCAGAGAAAUGUCAUUUCAUGGAAUGCAAUGAUUCAAGGGUUUGUAAAAGUGGGAGAUUUGGGCAAUGCUAGAGGUAUUUUUGACUCCAUGCUUGAAAAAAAUGUUGUUUCCUUUACGACUAUGAUGGAUGCCUAUGGAAGGAGUGGUGAUAUGGUGUCUGCAAGAUUAUUGUUUGAUCAAUGCUCAAAUAAGGAUCUUGUUGCUUGGUCUACUUUGAUAUCAGGUUAUGUCCAGAAUGGUCAGCCUAAUGCAGCAUUGCGAAUUUUUCUAGAGAUGGAGUCUUUGAAUGUAAAGCCUGAUGAAUUCAUAUUGGUAAGCUUGAUGUCCGCUUGUUCCCAGUUGGGGUGUAUAGAACUCACACGGUGGGUUGAUUCUUAUGUAUGUGAGUGUUUUGUUGAUCUUAAAACAAAUCAUGUGAUGGCAGCUCUUAUGGAUAUGAAUGCGAAGAGUGGAAACUUGGAGAGGGCAUUAAAAUUGUUUGAAAAAUUGCCUAAGCGAGAUCUAAUCUCAUAUUGUUCAAUGAUACAGGGGUUGUCAAUUCAUGGGCACGGAGUUGAGGCUAUAAACCUCUUUAAUAAGAUGCUGACAGAAGGAAUAGUUCCUGAUGAGGUGGCCUUCGCAAUUAUCCUGACAGCUUGUAGUCAUUCUGGACUUGUUGAUGAAGGUUGGAAUUAUUUCAAUUCCAUGAAGCAAAAAUUCUGCAUUAAUCCUUCUCCUGAUCACUAUGCAUGUAUGGUUGAUCUUCUUAGCCGAUCAGGGCAUAUGAGGGCUGCCUAUGAACUUAUAAAAUCAAUGCCUAUAGAAUCUCAUGCUGGUGCUUGGAGUGCACUUGUUGGGGCUUGCAAGUUAUAUAAUGAUUCAAACUUGGGAGAGAUUGCUGCUAAUCGACUAUUGGAGUUUAAUCCUGAAAAUGCUGCUAAUUACGUGCUAUUGUCUAAUAUCUAUGCAGCUGCGGAGCGAUGGCUUGAUGUUUCUGCUGUGAGGAAUAAGAUGAGGGAAAGGGGUGUGAGAAAGAUACCUGGCUACAGUCAGAUUUAGUCCAGAGCUGAAAUUGUGUUACACAUACUUCUCUGUUGAAACUGUCAGCUUCCUGAGGUGAUUUGCUCAAACAAGACACAGAAGUGAUGCAUUAGAACGAGGCUGCAUAACGACAGUGAGCUGAACUGACCUUAAGCAGAGACUAUGGU